AUGUCACUGCUGAAUGAGCUCAAGGAUAUCAAAGGGAAGUAUAGUGCGAGUGUUGUUGAUCAUUUUGAAAGACCAAGAAACAUUGGAUCGUUAGACAAAGCUGACUCUCGUGUUGGAACAGGAAUAGUUGGUGCACCAGCAUGUGGAGACGUGAUGAAGCUGCAGAUUAAAGUAAGCAGAGACAAUGUAAUUGAAGAUGCGAAGUUCAAGACAUUCGGAUGUGGAUCAGCAAUAGCAUCAUCAAGCUUAGCAACAGAAUGGAUCAAGGGAAAGACAAUAGAAGAGUCGCUGAAGAUAUCAAAUAAAGACAUAGCGAAAAGACUGUCGCUACCGCCAAUCAAGUUACAUUGCUCAAUGCUGGCAGAAGAUGCAAUAAAGUCCGCAAUCAAAAACUAUCUUGACAAGAAUCGUUAA